AUGGAUAUUAUUUUCUUGAGUGAUGAUGCUUUGUGCGAUGCAAUAAAAUACGUUUCCAACCAAGCUCUUCAGCAAAAUACUGGUUUGGGGCAACCCAACUUUGGAGGAUCAAUGCCACAACAGCAAUAUGCGCAAGUUCCACCACAGUCACAAGCGGAAAAUGAUGGCAGGGGUCCUUCCCACAUUGGACCAGGUCCAAAUAUCAGAACACAACAACCUGGAACAUCCCAUGGUGAUUCUGGUGCUGAAGGAAAUGCACCUGGUCUCUCCUCCAUUGAAAAGCCUGCCCUACAGCAACUUUUGACUGUAUUAAAAUCGCCAAAUACUCCAGAACAACAAGCUAAGAUAUUACAAAUCUUGAAAAGUAAUCCUCAGCUUAUGGCCGCAUUUAUUAAACAGCGGGAAGCGUUCCAACAAUCAUACGCUCAGAAUCAAGCAAAUUCUGAUCAAGAUCCACAGUUGCAACAGGUAAUUGAUGGCAUGGAUUCUACCCACAUUGGUCCAGGUCCAAAUAUCAGAACACAGCCACCUGGAACUGCUGGUAAUUCUGAUGCUGAAGGAAAUGCACCUGGUCUCCAUUCAUAAGCUUGUCCUACAGCAACGGCUGUAUUAAAAUCGCCAAAUACUCCAGAACGACACACUCGGGUAUUACAAAUUUUGAAAAGUAAUCCUCAGCUCAUGGCCACAUUUAUUAAACAGCGGGAAGCAUUCCAACAAUCAUACGCUCAGAAUCAAGCAAAUUCUGAUCAAGAUCCUGCAGGAAUUGUGGAUCUUAUCCAGCUACAACACUUGCUGCAAAACAUGUCUCUUAGCAAGCAGCAAUAACUGCAGCAUGCAUCAGAGAAGGAUGCCUGUGCAACAGCAGCAGCUUCAGUGGUAGACACAACAGCAACAGUUUCUAUCCAUGCGAUGUCAAGAGCAACAACUGCAGCAACAGCCACUUUCCAACAACUUCCUCUUGCCUCUCUGUACACACAAUAAUAGGUUACAAGGUGUGGCUUGACAACAAUUCAUGUGUUGUCCAGGUGAAGACAAGUUUUGUAGUGCAGACCAGGCUUGGAAUAUGGUAGUAUGUCAACCAGGCUGGUAGGUGAGCACCUAUCAUCAUACUAGUAGCAUUACUAGUAUGAUGAUGGAUCCUCCAGGAAAAGCUGUCAGCAUAUCUGUGCAUCAUAGGUUGCCACAAUCUAGCCUGUCCCUAAGGUCUGUCCCAUCACCACAGAACCAGUCAGCGCCAUGACCAUGCGAUGGAGGAGGAGGAUCUGUGUCUUCUCCUAAAGACCAUUAUCCACCACCACACAUCACACCAACACCAUUGUCAACACAUCAUCAACCUCAUUUGGCUAGCAGUAGUGAAAUAAUGCUGCCUAAAUUAUCUGGAGGUGCUGGGCGGCAAGUCAGCCUCAUUGUGCUGGAGCAGGCAUACCCCAUCAUCCAUCCCGUGCAGGUGCAACAGGGACUGCCAGUGCUGGGCCCUAGACUGAAGACCUUAAUGAAGCAUCGAGUACUCUGUACAAGUGCUCCAAAAAUCAGGAAUUGUUGCAAGGGUGACAAUAAAAUGUUGUUACCAGGUACUUAAAAUAUAUUUAUUGUUUUUUAAUUUGCAGACUAUUUUGUACUUUUUCCUUUGCUUAAAUUAUGUGUGAAGAAUCAAAUUGGAUCGUUGAACAUUCUACAUGGUAUGUCAUAGGAGAAAUUGAUGCCCUGGUCACUUUUACCCUGUUCUCAACAAUUACAUGAGGAAUUUAGAAAUUCCUCAUGUAAUUGUUGAGAACCGUGAGAUUAUGUAUGAUCUUCAUUAUUUCAAAUGAAGAAAAUGUGCCUACUGUGGUUAGGUACAUAUCAUUUUGCACCAUUUUUAUUCUUUUAAGUAGUCAAGAAGUUUAUAAGAGGUGAUUCAUAGGCCUUUAACCAACGCUGUAGAGAAAAAACUGUUAAAUAAUUGCCAGUAGUGACAAUUACUUAUUUUUCCUGCAGAUCACAUAGUAGAAUGUGUUUGGCAGAUGCGUCAAUCGCCGCAUAAGCACUUGCCCUUGUGGGAAAAUGGUCUCUUGCAGGCAUAGGUAACAGACUCCACACUCCUUUCUCCUUCAAAUUCACAAGCGCAGACUGUGCUCUUGUAGUAUUGAUGGCGACACAAUGGCAAAGGUAAACAUGGGUCACAGACCAGUGGAUUUCUGCACAUUCAUUUAAACAUACCAAUUUGCCUGCUUGGGCAGCACUUUAAAUCCAGCGGAAAAGGGUUAAACUAUUGUGGUAACACUGGUGAAAUUAAAAUUUGACUGCAGAUUGACCAUUGUUGCUGGGAUAUAAUUAC